CAAAGGCGGUAUUGUAAACAAUCUCGGUUCCAAAUUCAAAUACAUGCGAAGUUGUUGUCAAAGUUGUUUCAGCCCCAUAAUGAGACAGUGGCAAGAAUUUUGCUAUUCUUAAUGGCUGAGCUUCACGUCAUUGGCCAAAUCGCUAGUGCCAGUGGUUUUCCGAGCCAUAACUUGUUCUGCAAGUGGGGUAUACAUGCAGGAGGUGGCUGGAGAGUGAUCGAAGGCCUUACUGAAGGGCAGACCCACGUCGACAAUCCGUCAUGGCAAGAAGCUGCUGUGUGGUGCCACCCCAUUGAUGUGCACUUUGCUACCAAGGGAGUUCAAGGCUGGCCCAAAAUCAACCUACAGAUAUACCAUUAUGACAGAUUUGGUCGGAGUGAAGUGUAUGGUUAUGGAUUUUCAUUUAUUCCAUCUUCACCAGGAACUCACAAAGUGGAUGUUGUUACAUGGAGGCCAAUAGGUUCUCUCACCGAACAGUUUAAACAACAUUUCCUGGGUGGUGGUGCUCAACUGAAAAGUCCAGACCUUGUUCACAGCGCCACAGACCGCUAUCGCUUGCAGACAGAAACUAUGGGCACUGUUCAUUUGGAAUUAUCUGUCAUUCUCCGUAACUUCACCAAAUUUGGUGUUGAAACUUGACAGAUUCAGCUCUCAGAGGGUUAAAUUAUA